AUGGAACCCCCAAAGCUGCUGAGCAUUGGAUUUCUGCUGUGCUCUCUGACUUGCCUCUUGUUGGAAACUGUCGCUUUGUCUCUGUCACCUUUAUCUGCCUUCGGAAUACAAGACCAGGAUGGAUUGGAACCACGCUCAAGGGAAACUUCCAGGUCCUGGCUGAGCAACUUCAGUGAUUACCUGUGGGAUCUCAUCAGGAGCUCCAUCCCUACAGCUGCCAUUUUUGCUUUUCUGAUCAUUUCAGCAAUCAUGGGGACCCUCUGUUGCCUCACGUAA